CGAGGCUCUUUAAGCCCCGGCGCGCGACACAGAGCAGGCAUUCAGAGCGCGAGCGAGGGGGCUGGAACUGACGGACUCUCGCGCUGGGCGGGCGACCUGCUUUCAGUGCAGUUUUUGUGCAGUAGACUUCCAUCCUGAAGAAGACAGCGGAUGCGCGGGAAACGCGCGGAUGGAUUCAUUCUGACCGAACCGAACGUGUGUGAAGAGAAAGUUGUUAAAGUUUCACAGGAGGACAUACAGAUAACACGUUUUACAGAGAGGGAAAAAGCAUUUUAGAGAAAUAAAAAAAAUAAUUUUAACAACAGAGGCUUUGAGAGAAACUAGACCCAACGACACCUGUGACCAGCGAGCGAGAGGAGAGAUGUCGGCGGAGGAGCACAGUCUGUCAGAGGUGGAAAUGAGUCCCGGGGUGUCGGAGGACGGUCACUCUAUGUCCCCCGGACACUCUUCGGGCGCGCCCGGCGGGGUGGAAUCCCCUCUGCCCGGCCAGCCGUCCCAAAUGUCUGGCGUCGGCGAGGAGGCGGCGGGAAUCUCCGGAGGCAUCACGGUGAAGUCAGACGAAGAAGACGACCGUUUUCCCAUCGGCAUACGAGAGGCGGUCAGUCAGGUGUUGAACGGUUAUGACUGGACGCUCGUGCCCAUGCCCGUGCGCGUGAACUCUGGCAGUAAGAGCAAACCGCACGUCAAGCGUCCGAUGAACGCGUUCAUGGUGUGGGCGCAGGCCGCGCGCAGGAAACUGGCGGAUCAAUAUCCGCACCUGCACAACGCCGAGCUCAGUAAAACUCUUGGCAAGCUCUGGAGGCUGUUAAACGAGACGGAUAAGAGGCCAUUUAUCGAGGAAGCCGAGCGGUUGAGAAAACAGCAUAAGAAAGAUUAUCCUGAGUAUAAAUACCAGCCGCGUCGACGCAAGAACGGCAAACCAGGAUCCAACUCUGAGGGCGACAGCCACUCUGAGGGCGAGGUCAGUCACAGCCAAUCACAUUACAAGAGUCUGCACCUGGAGGUGGCACACGGUGGGGCAGCAGGAUCACCGCUGGGUGACGGGCACCACCCUCACGCUACAGGUCAGAGUCAUAGCCCCCCAACGCCACCUACCACCCCAAAGACGGAACUGCAGGGUGGUAAAUCUGCAGAAGGGAAGCGUGAGGGUGGGGCCGGGGGCUCUAGGGGCGGUUUGGGGGUGGGAGCGGACGGAAGCUCCUCCUCUGCGUCUGGCAGUGGUAAACCGCACAUUGACUUCGGUAACGUAGACAUUGGCGAGAUCAGCCAUGACGUAAUGGCCAACAUGGAGCCGUUUGACGUCAACGAGUUUGACCAGUACCUGCCACCCAACGGGCAUCCGGGUGUGGCAGCGACAUCAAGCGGUGCAGGCGCAGGAUCCUCGGCUUCCCCGUAUGCAUACGGCAUCUCGACAGCCCUGGCGGCCACAAGUGGGCACUCCAACGCCUGGCUGUCCAAGCAGCAGCUGCCGUCCCAGCAGCACUUGAGCUCAGAUGGCGUAAAAACGCAGAUCAAGAGCGAAUCACAUUUCUCCACUGAGGUGGCAGCCGCGGCGAGUGGGUCGCACGUCACCUACACGCCUCUCAGCCUGCCGCACUACAGCUCCGCCUUUCCCCCACUGGCAUCCCGUGCGCAGUUCGCCGAUUUCCCCGAUCAUCAGCCAUCUGGCUCCUACUACGCCCACUCCAGCCAAACCUCCGGGCUCUACUCCGCCUUCUCUUACAUGGGCCCGUCCCAGAGGCCCCUGUACACUGCCAUCCCAGAUCCCGGCUCCGUGCCGCAGUCACACAGCCCGACGCACUGGGAGCAGCCUGUAUACACCACCCUGUCUCGACCAUGACACACACACACACAGGUUAUAUAAGGUUUCACUCUCAUUUAAUAUCCAGUAGCUGAAUGGUACAAACUACAGUGUGUAUGAAAAUCAUGAAAAACUCUCACCUGCACCACAAUCUACACAGACAGAAAUCUGAGAGAAACUUUCGGAAGGGUGUGUGGAUAUCUGCAGGGAAAAUAUUCUCACAAAAUGUGCGUCUCAGGCUGAUAAAAUCAUCACAACCUGUCACACAGAUUUCACAGAGAUCUGCUCAGAUUCCUUAAAUGCCUCUCCAUAGAUGGCAGAAAUUUGACACCAAUGGCUUUUAAUGAUAUAUAUAUGUAUAUAUAACCAAAGUUCUGAGACCAAAACAUUAAAACAAGAAAAAUAAAACAAAGAGUUUCUGGUCUGGCAGGUACACAAAUACUGAACAUCACACACUUUACCCAACACCCAUGUAAACAAAAAUAUACACAAGCACACACCUGAUGAUAUUACCUGAACAUCCAUGUGUUUUUUAUUUGUAUGAAUGAAUAAUCUCUUUUUAUUAACCAAAAUAAGGCCAUAUUGUUUUUAUCAGAAAAAUAAUGAGUGUUUUCAUUGUUGUAAUCUUUUCUAUUGAUGUUAAUGAUGUUUUUGUUGCCAUAACUACACUGAAAAGUCUUCACCACUGUCUAGUGUUUGUUAAUGACAUUUGUAUUUUAUGACUUUCAGCGUGUGUGUAAAUAUAAAUGAUCUUUACAGUUUUACUCCACACACAGAUCCUACAGAAAGAUGGGACUAGAUUAACGGUACAUUCCCGUCAUGUCGGAAUUCCCGUAAUUACGAGUCACAGAUAUAAAAAAAAGAACCAUAUAUUGUCGUUUUAUUACAGAUACCUGGUGGGAUUUCUUAAUUCUUUUAUAUUUUGUAAGAGAAUACGGAGGUGAAUUAAUGUCGCUUAAUGAUUAUGUAUUUUCCUGUCAUCAAUAACAAAAGCCGCACGGAUUUAUUUCGCGGUAAAACUCUUCAGAUCGAUCGAUUCAACGGGAUGAAUGAGCUCAGAUUACUGUCGAACAUUAUCAGCACACUCCAAAAAUAUCUUUUUAAGAUUUACACAUUUAACUUUCAUAAAAAUAUUCCGUCAAAUUGAAUGACAUAAUCUUUAACAAAGUUCAAUUCAGUAAAACUUUAAUUUUGUUAAAGAUUAUUCAAUAUAAUGUGAUUGAAUUUUGUUAUAAAAUUAAAAUACCUAAAUCUCAAAAAUAGGCCUCUAUAUAAAUAUAUAUGAAGCUGCUCUUAAUAUUUUCACUCCCAUAUUGAGAAUGUUAUAUUCAUUUGAAAUAGUGCUGUUUUGUUCAUUUUAGUUUAUUUUCUGGACAUAUUUUCAGUAUUUAUCGAUCAAAGUUAUUUUCUGCAUCAGCGCAUAUUUCUGUUUAAAAAUCGCGGUAUUAUUUCCCACUUUUGGUACUUUAGACUUAUUUUUCCCUCGUUAUUAGUAUUAUUAAAAAUAAACAAAAACUCGAGUUUUAGAGCCUAUAUCUUACAGUAGGCCAUUUUUGUUAUAUAUUACAAAAUAUUAUUUAUAAUUGUUGUUUUGUUCGUUUUUUAUCAGUAGCGUUUUAUUCUGAUAUUGGAAACUUUUGUUGUGUAAUGUUGUGGUGGGUAAAAGUGUUGUUGUUUUUGUUUAUCAGUGUAAAUAGAAGAGCAGUGACUAACUUCCCUCACUAUAAAUAAAGCUGCAGU